GCGCUUUGGCUACCUCCCGAUCUCUCUUUCUCCCCCAUCUCGUUUCGUUUCGAAGCCGACGCGGAGGAGGCCAAGUCGCGAAGAGGCGGAGAAGCCGGCAGGCAGGCUGCGCCGCCGCCAGGUCUAGCGCCUCGGGCAAGGGAAGGGGAGGGGGAGGGGGAGGAGCAGGAGGAGGAGGUUGCCCGCCAUGGGGAUGAAAUUUCUGAACAAGAAGGGGUGGCACACGGGGAGCCUACGCAACGUGGAGAAGGUGUGGGUGGCGGAGCAGAAGGAGAAGGAGGAGCAGCACAAGAUCGAGGAGUACAAGAAGCAGCUCAAGGAGGAGAGGGAGAAGGCCGAGUUCCGCGCCAUCCAGGAGCAGGCCGGAUUCAAGCCGAGGCAGGAGAGGUUGGAAUUCCUCUACGAGUCAGGGUUGGGCGUCGGCAAGGGGAGCUCGGAUGGAUUCCAAGCACUGCAGCAACCUGGCCCAGCGGCGGCCGCUGCCGCCUCCUCUUCUGCUCCAACGGCUGCUGGCUCUUCCAAGGAUACUUCACUGGGAGCUCUAUUUGAGGAGAAGCCUCAAUCUGCAAAUGACACAUGGAGAAAACUUCACUCUGAUCCUCUACUCCUAAUAAGGCAGCGGGAGCAGGAUGCUAUUGCAAGGAUUAAAAAUAAUCCAAUCAAGAUGGCCGAGAUAAAGAAAUCAAUGGAAGCAGAAAAAAUGCAGAAGGAAGAAAAGAAAGAGAAGAGAAAGCACAAAAAACAUCGUCAUCAUAAGUCAAAGAGUAAGAGGCAUCACUCAGCUGAAAAUUCUGAUUCGGAUGACGUAAGUGAUGGCAAGGACGAAGGGAGAAAGAAAGUUCCUUCUGCUCCAGAGCAUAAGAGGGAAGUGAAAAGGUCAAGGCAUCAGAAGAAAGAAAGCAGACAAGAAUCCUCGGAUACGGAAGAUGAUGAACCAAGGAAAAGAAGGCAGGAGAUUUCAGAAGAUGAUAAACCAAAGAGAGGACGACAAGACAAGUCAGAAGAUGCUGAACGGAGAAGACGGCAGGAGAUAUCACAAGAUGAUGAACCAAGGAGAAGACGGCAGGAUACGCCAGAAGAUGAUGAACCAAGGAGAAGACGACGGGAUACGCCAGAAGAUGAUGAACCAAGGAGAAGACGGCGAGAUACACCAGAAGAUGAUGAACCAAGGAGAAGACGGCGGGAUAUGCCAGAGGAUGAUGAACCAAUGAGAAGGCGACGUGAUAUGCCAGAAGAUGAUGAACCAAGGAGAAGACGGCCGGAGAUGUCUAAGCAUGAUGAGCAUCCACGCCGGGAUCGGCCAGAUGCUGAUGAUAGGAGGAGACACAAUUCAGGGUCAGACCGCCACCAUGCUUAUCCAAAGCAUGACAGCUCAGACUCGAAGCAGAGAAGUAUUGGAAAUGGCCGGAACAAUGGCAAUUCCACUUCUGAACACCGCUCCCAUGCUGAAGUCGCUUCAGGAGAUCAACGAAGACAAGAGAGCCGGCAGGGCAGGGAACUAGGUUCAGAAGGCCGUGGAAGACAAGACGGCCAGCAGGGCAGGAACAAUGGGCCCACAACUAACCGCCGUCGAGGGGGCGUGCACCAUAUGUCGGAAGAGGACAGGGAAGCUCGUCUGCGGCAAAUGCAGGCUGACGCUGAGGUCCAUGAAGAGCAGAGGUGGAAGAGGAUCAAGAAGGCUGCAGAUGAUGAUGCCAAAGAGGCGUCCACGGUGGCUGCAAACCAAUUCAGAGGGAAGAACUUCUUGGAUGACGAGAAGAAGAGUAUAUUUGGCGCUGACAAGGGCGGCAGCGCCACCAUCGAAGAGAGCAUCCGCCGCCGCGCUUAUUAUUCUCAGGGUGGCGGCGAUGCCCAUGAGGCCAAUGCGUUCAGGCGGUGAAAUCCCUAGAGUGGCAGCUCAGGCAGUCAGGCUUCAUAUUUCUGUUUGCAUCUUUGUCUCUGGUCUUCCUUUUCCAGUCUCGUGUUUGUAUGAUGUACGAUAUUUGAAGGAAUUUUAAUGUCAUGUACACAAUACAUGGCCCUCGUUAUUUUGAAUCCAGAAAUUUGUAUUGAAACUA